CAUUGCCAUACUCAAACGAGCAACCCAUUUUAGCAGGAUUCCUUUUUAUUUCAGAACCACUCGAUAAGCUUGAGUCAUUUUAUCGUCAAAGAUUCGCCAUGGUGCAAGUAGAAUUUUUAGUGAGAGAUUGCACAGUGGAUGUAAGAAGUUCUAUAGAAGAAGAAUGCAAAAACUUGCAAAUUGACGAAUGGAAAUGGGACGACACGCUCGGGCAAUUAAUUGUGAAAAGUUCACUUCCCCCUUCUGAAAUUCUUCAUCAUUUGGAAAAAGUUACUUCCAAGCCCAUUUUGAUUCGCGGUGCUAGUUCCCAAAAAGAGUCCGGAGUCUGUAUUCUCUACGACAAUACAGAAGACCUAUCUUCAGUUCCAAAAGUCUACGGUUUAUGCAGAUUUAUUCCCACUGAGGACCGAGUUUACUUGGAUUUGGUCGCAACCCAAUUAGAACCCAAUACCGAGUACAUCGCUGAAGUUGCCGUUUCGGGUGACAUUUCUCAUGGACUGAAGUCUGUAGGUGGGUCUUUUGCUACCCUCGUAUCUGUUCCUUCGAAUGAGACUGGAAAAAUUGCUCUCGCUCAAGAAGUCGAUGGAAACUUGGAAGACUGGAUAGGUCGAGCAUUCGUAUUGAAAGCCUCUAAAGAUUCCUUCAAUGGCGUCCUGGGAAUCGUUUCCCGUAGUGCUGGUGUUGGUCAGAAUACCAAAGUCAUUUGCGCUUGUUCCGGUAAGAGCUUGUGGGAGGAGCAUGCUGAGUUGCAUCCCUCUUCUUCUGAAAAGUCUUGCUGCAAGAACGAUGUUCCAAAAAAAAAGUGCUGUUGCUAAAAACACUGCAUCUACCAAAAGUUCUGCUGCUGUGAACGAAAAUUAUGUAUACACAUCAACAGAUUGGUUGAAUAAAUGAUUAUAGGAAAUAGAAAUUAUAAACCAGCUUUCUUCCGACAUAGCAAAUCUUAGGAGAUGUGAAUGUUGCAAUAUUUGUCUUUUCAUUGGUUGUCUAUGAAUAAUACUCUUUUGUGUUAAUUUAGAAAAUUUGGAAAUAAAAAGGACCAUUUUUUUAUUAUCUGAUAAAGAAAGAAAGAACAAACAGGUAUUCAUAUAGCAAAUGGAUUUUGUCUAGUAAAUGCGUAAAAUUCUAG